GUCCCCUUCCCGGGAAAAUGCUCACAUCCUAAAUUAAACUUCACUCACUAGUUGGUCUUCAAUGCAGAAUAAUGUGGCGACAGCAAACAAGGAAUCUCUGCAGCGUCACUGGUGGACGCUCAUUAAAGGCGGAGAAAUGGGACGCGCUGGUGAUCGGGGGCGGCCACAACGGCCUCACAGCCGCCGCCUACCUCGCUAGAUCAGGCUUGUCCGUCGCGGUCCUCGAGCGCCGCCACGUCAUCGGCGGCGCUGCGGUCACUGAAGAGCUCGUCCCCGGCUACAAGUUUUCCCGUUGUAGCUACCUCCAGAGCCUCCUUCGCCCUGCACUUAUCAAGGAAUUGGAGUUGAAGAGGCAUGGAUUGAAGAUGUUGAAGAGGAGUCCAUCGUCAUUCACUCCCUGUCUAGAUGGACGCUACCUUCUGCUUGGUCCUGAUAAGGAGCUUAAUUAUUCGGAGAUAUCGAAGUUCUCGAAACGCGAUGCUGAGGCUUAUCCUAGGUACGAGAAUCAGUUAGAGAACUUCUGUAAAUUCAUGGAUCCACUUUUGGAUUCAUCUCCACCUGAAUCUUUGCAAGGAAUCUCAUCUUUUAAUGCCCGGAUGAAGAGCAAAUUACAGAAGUCUGUUUUUUGGGCUCAUUGUCUUCGACGAGCACUUGUCUUGGGGCAAAAGGAGAUGGUGGAUUUCAUGGACCUAUUACUGUCCCCUGCCUCAGUGAUUUUAAAUAACUGGUUUGAGAAUGAUGUCUUGAAGGCAACACUUGCAACGGAUGCUGUAAUAGGAACCACGGGUAGUCCCAAUACACCUGGGAGUGGAUAUGUUUUACUGCAUCACAUGAUGGGAGAAACUGAUGGUGACCGCGGAAUUUGGUCGUAAGUAUCUGCUUGAAGAUGAUCCAAGGGAAUACAAAGAAUACUAGUAUUAUCGUUC